UCAGACUUCACUCUGCGCUCUGGAAACUUCGCUGGUAGUUUAGUUAGGUCCGAGAGUUGCAGAAUACCCAACGUCCUCGAGUUGAAUGCCGAGAUAAAGCACAAGUUUUCGGUGUCUAACGUACGAAUAGACCUACCACAUAAGCAGCUAAGGUUUGCCGGAGUGACUAUACGGGCGCCGGGUGCAGGUUUGUUUGUGACGGAAGUCGCCCUUUUUAAAUGGGAGGCGGCAAAUACAGGAGGCGAAGCGGAUCGGUAACUGCCAGCUGAGUGUUUGGGAGCCGCCGUUAAGGUUAGAGUCCCAGGGGGACCCCGGAGCCGGAGGACCACAGGUGUACCGUAUGCAGACGGCAGCCUGACCGCCGACUGACCCAUGGCCUCGAAAUGCGAUCAGCUGCUCGUCGUGGUGUCUGUCCUCCAGGGCCGCCAGUUCCCAAAGAGCGCGCGCCAAGUCCUGGUGGUGCAGGCAAAGUUCGACGGCGAGCAGCUGGCCACCGACCCCGUGGAGCACAGAGAGCAGCCCCAGUUCUGCACUGAGCUGGCCUGGGAGCUGGACCGCAAAACCCUGCACCAGCACAGGCUUCAGCGCACCCCCAUCAAGCUGCAGUGCUUCGCCGUGGACACAGCGACGUCCGCGUGGGAGCCGCUGGGAUACGUCGUCCUCGACCUACGAUCCGCCCGGGAGACCACCCAGGCAAACGCCCCUAAGUGGUAUCCCUUACUCAGCACGAAGUACUCCAAGCUGAAGCCAGCCCUCCUACUCAGCCUCACCCUGGAGACUGACACCAAACAUACGCCUGAGCGCUUCAAGGCUAAAGAAGCCCCUCCCAGGCAAGGGUCCCCUCCGCGGUCUGGCCCGGCACCAGGCAAGCUGGAGCCGGUUCUGAAGGAGGACGAGGGCUAUCAUCAGAUCGGACCUGCCGACGGCAGUGGGGACCACUUUGUCCUGUCCGUCACCGUGGCCUUCGCCACCAGGCUGGAGCAGCUCGUUUCCAGCACGAUCAAGCUGUCCCAGGAAGCCUCCCACUACUUCUUCUACUACACCCUGCUGGGCAACGACAUCACCAGCGAGCCCUUUCUCGACCUGCUGAGCCCGAGCUUCGAGCCGGAGCGGGCCUCCGUCCGCGUGCGCAGCAGCGUGCCCGUCCUGCGGGCGUACCUGGAGCAGCAGCGCAGCCUGCAGAUCCACCUGUGCUGUGGGACCUGCUCCCUGGGCAGCGCGGAGGUCCCUCUCACUGGGCUGCUGAAGUCCGACGUGGACUUAGACAGGCAGCCCGCUACCAUAGAGGGGGCCUUCAUGCUGCUGCCCCCCAACAGAGCCAAGCAGCACCUGCCUCCCACGGCCCCGGACAUGCAGCCCACCGUCGGGGUGUCCGUUACGGUGUGGAAGGAGGGCGUCGACAUGCAGUUAGCAGGUCCCAGGAACGUAGAGCCACAUGCUGUUGUGAAAGGGGGGCCAGAGUCACUGCGCCCCCCUAACCCUCUUGCUGAACAGCAGUUCCUCAGUCCAGCCUUUCCCCCAAGGAGAUCGCCUGUGCUAGGUCGUGUCUCCCCCGCCCCUGGCCCGUCCCCCCCCCAGACUGAGAGUGAGGCCGAAAGCCUAUUAGAGGACUCGGCCCCAGCGUUACAACCAGUCUCCAGUCAGCCAGACGGCCCAGGCCCCUCAGCCAGCGUCUCGGCACCCAAGAUCAGCAUCCCGUCCUCAGCCCAUCACUACUGCUUCUCCAUUGACCUGCGGAGCAUUCGGGACUUGAAUGUGGGCUUUCAGGUCAACUGUGUCCUAAGAUAUACCUACCAGUUCUUUGGAAGUGCAGCCCCUAUCAUGACCAACCCCCCCAUGGAGAUCCAGAAGAACAUGGAGGUGUUCCUUCCCAAGUCCUACUGUGCCUUCGACUUUGCUGCGUUGCCUCUGCAGCUUCAGGAGACCUUUCUCAGGGUGCCUCUGGUGGUGGAGGUGUGGCACAGGGACCCAAAAACUCAGGAUGUGCUCCUGGGCACAGCCAGUGUCCAGCUGUCCCACCUGCUCUCGGCGGAGAAAACCCGCUUCGUGGGCCAGUCUGGCCAGCAGCACUGGAGGCAGACCUUCUCUCAGAGGAUCCCCGUCGUAAGAGCCAGAGGGCGCAGUGAUAAGGUAGCUGAGCUGAACUAUGUCACCACCCUGGAGGACCUGGGUUUGGUCAAAGUCCAAGACGUCAUCGUGUCGGAGUCCUCACAGAGUGCGAAUCGUGGGAUGAAGCAGGAGGUCCCCCCGAAACCACCCCCAGAUUCUGCGGGUGCCCCCACUGAGCCACGGGAGACCCUGGAGUACAAGGCAGCCAUGGAGCUGGAGGCAUGGAAGGAGAUGCAAGAGGACUUGUUUGAUAACCAGCUGAAGCAGAAGGAGCUGAAGCACAUGCGGGGGUUGGCGGAAGAGUGGAAGAGGCGAGACAGGGAGAGAGAGGCGCUGGUGAAAAAGAAGGAGAUGGAAUACAAUCUUCUGGAGGAGCAGCUUCAGAAAACCCUGGCUGACCUGGAGAAGAGGGAGAAGCAGCUGGCGCAUGGGGAGAUGGAGACGCAGCGGCUGCAGCGGGAGAUGCGGGCGGAGCAUGAGUUCAGCAUGCGCGAGCUGCAGGACGGCGGCCGCAGGCUGCGCGAGGACUGCCACCACCAGGUGGAGCUGGAGAGGUCGAAGGUCAGGCUGCUGGAGGAGGAGCGCUCCCGGCUGCAAGCUCGGGUCCAGGAGGCAGAGAACAAGUACAAGCAGCUUGAUAAGGAGUUCCAGCUCUAUCGGGAACAGCAGAACACGAGGCCCGAGAUCCGGCUGCAGUCCGAGAUGAACCUGCUCAGCCUGGAGAAGGCGGAACUUGAAAGGAAGCUGGAAUCCACCACGAAGUCCAAGCUGCACUACAAGCAACAGUGGGGGCGCGCCUUAAAAGAGCUCGCCCGCUUUAAACAGAGGGAACAGGAGACGGCGAUGAUUCGGCUAAAGAGGCAGGAGCAGGAGCUGGAGCAGAUGAGGCUCCGUUACCUGGCGGCCGAGGAGAAGGAGGCCGUGAAGACGGACAAGCAGCAGCUGGAGGACAUAAAGAAUGAGCUGAAUAGGUUAAAGCAGCAGGAGGGCAGGCGGAGCCCCAGACACGUGGAGCUGGAGCAGAUGGCGGCGGCCAGCGACGGCGUGGACGAGCACCUGAGCCGGCUCCUGGAGGAGAGGGACACGCUCCUACGCACAGGCGUGUACACGCACGAGGACCGCAUCAUCGCCGAGCUCACCCGGCAGAUCCAGGAGGCCAUGAGCCUGCGGGGGGGACGCUGACAGAGGACACACGUCACCUUCUGAGUCAUUUACACGUGUGGCCUCGGCAGUGUCCUUACCUGCUUUGAAGGCCACGGACUUGCUCAUGUUACAUGUGUACUUACGACCACCAGAUGGCGCCCUUACUCUGUGAAAAGUUUUCUGUUUGUUUCUGUAUUAAAACUGUCUGUCCUUUAGUUUGUAUCCAUUUUUGUACCUAAUAAAUUAUUUUGUGACAAAU